UAAAGGUUCCGAGGCUCACUCCCCUGCUUCUAAAUCCGGCUCGCGGCUGGUUUCACCACUUAAAAUCUCGUUGGUGGUGUCAGGGAAAUCCCUCCCUACCUCCCACCCAGUCUCCCAAGCUAAAACCUAUGCCUGUGCGGCCGCGACCCGUUCGCGGCAUCCUGAGGGUGGUGUGACAGCGGCCGCACUAGCCGACACUUCCGUGUGCGGCUCAGAGUGCUGCAAGCACUCAGCAUGCUCGGAGCACAGGGCUGUGUCUCCCGCGAGCAGCAAGGACCACCCAGCAAGCCGCUCGCGGUCUAACACUAGAGCAGCCCGGUCGCUCACUUACAAAAGCGACCGGGUUGCAAGUAUAGGGGAGGGCAGUGUGAGGUCAUGCUCCCCGUCGGGAUCCUCAGCCUCCAGGUUGUCGGUCUCGGUGGGGGGGGCCUCUGCUGUCCGACCCAAAACAUUUAAAGACACAGUAAGGGCUAUAAUAAGCCCAGAUGAUAACAGUAUGGAAUUAGUGCUCCAAAUAAGUUCUUACUCUGCACUACCACAGAGAAUAAGUCAUGAUGCCACAUCAAAGAUGGCUGCCAGUCCAGAUAUUAUGUAUUCCACUCCCAAGAUGGCCACUGCCACCUCCAGUAUGGCUACUACCACAUUUAAAGCAGCGAUUUACAAUCCUAAUAUGCCACCUGAAUUGGCAGAAGAUCUGCCACC